AUGUGGCUGUACGGACUGGCAGCGGUGGUUGUCCUCUGGAUGCUGGUGUGGCUGUGGAGGGACAACCUGGAAAUCCCUGCCAUCGGUGAGAAGUACGUUUUUGUGACCGGCUGUGACUCUGGCUUCGGCAACCUUCUGUGCAAGCGCCUGGACCGCCGUGGCCUCAACGUACUUGCUGGGUGCUUGACCGAGAAGGGUGCCGACGACCUACGGCGAGCCACGGGCCCGAAGCUGAAGACCACGCUGCUGGAUGUGACAGACAGCGCCAGCAUCCAGCGGGCCAUGGAGUGGGCAAAAAAGGAGGUCGGGGAUAGAGGACUGUGGGGACUUGUGAACAAUGCUGGACGUUCGUUGCCCAUGGGUCCCACGGAGUGGAUGAGAAUCGAGGACUUCCACAGCACACUGCGGGUCAACAUGAUGGGUUUGAUCGAGAUGACGCUGACCUUCCUGCCGCUGUUGAAGCGGGGUCGCGGACGCGUCGUCAAUGUGGCGUCCGUGCUGGGCAGGGUGGCUGCCAACGGCGGUGGGUACUGCAUCUCCAAGUUCGGGGUGGAGUCUUUCUCCGACUGUCUCAGGAGGGACAUCCACUAUUUUGGAAUUAAAGUGAGCAUCAUCGAGCCAGGGUUCUUCAAGACAGCGGUGACCAGCCUGGAGCCCAUUGAGAGGGAGCUGCACCGCUUAUGGAACCAGCUCACCCCUGAGGUGCGCGAGAGCUACGGAGAGAAGUACUUCGAUAGAUACAUCAAGGUCCAGCGGUUCAUAAUGAACACUGUGUGUGACUCAGACCUGAGCAAAGUCACCAACUGCAUGGAGCACGCCUUGACAGCCCGCCACCCUCGUACCCGGUAUAGCGCUGGCUGGGACGCCAAGAUUGGCUGGAUCCCCCUCUCCUACGCCCCAGCCUUUGUCAUCGACAGCAUGCUCAAAUUUGUGCUGCCACGCCCGGCGCACAGUGUCUCUUAG